AUGUGCGCGCGUCCUGCCCCGGGCUCAGCCGAGGGCGAGCGGCGGCACCGCGCGUGUGCGCGCGUGUCCGUGGGCCGGGCCGAGCGGCAGCGCGGGCAGCGGGCGGCGGCGGGCGCAGUCCCAGCGCGCACCGCUGGGUGGUGGUCUCGGCUAAGGCGCCGCCGAGCCCGACCCAGCCCAGCUCAGCACAGCCAAGCCCAGCCCAGCUCACAACAGCCCAGCCGGGCGGAGCGGGCAGCGGCUGCGGCAGCGACCGCUGGGUCUGCCAGCCGAGCCUGGCACACCGCGGCUGCACUCCGGGCUGCGGAACCGACUGGAAUACAGAGGGAGCAGAAGGGCACCCGACCGCUGCCGCUUUCGUUGGGGACUACGCGAGAGACCCGCGAGAAGGAGAUCGGACACCGCCGCCGCCGCCGGAGCCGGAGGAGGGCCAUGGCGAUGGCAAGGCAAGUGCUUUGUGUGUGUGCUUUGCUCUCCCUGCCGCUCGCUCGCUCGCAGCCCAUCCGCUACUCCGUGGCCGAGGAGGCGGACAGCGGCUCCCUCGUAGGCAACCUGGCGCAGGACGCGGCGCUGCCGCCGGCGCAGCUCUCGGCUCGCCGCGCCCGCCUGCUGGCCGAGGACGGCCGGCAGCACUUUCGCCUCGACCGCGCCAGCGGCCGCCUCGUCGUGGCCGACAGGCUCGACCGGGAGCAGCUGUGCGCCCAGUCCGACACCUGCACGCUCGCCUUCGAGCUGCUGCUGGCCGACCCGCUGCAGUUCUUUCGGGUCGAGGUGGCCCUGCAAGACAUCAAUGACCAUUCGCCCGUUUUCCCUGCUGAACGAGUCACUUUUAAGAUCCCCGAAAAGAGUGACCCAGGCUCUCGUUUCCCUCUGGAGGUUGCUCGGGACCUUGAUGUUGGCAGCAACAACGUACAGGCAUACAGCAUCUCUCCCGAGAACGAGUACUUUAGUGUCUCCUAUGACAGUCGGGUUACAGGCAAGAAGUCUAUCGAACUGGUCUUGGAAAAGCCUCUAGAUAGAGAGGAGCAGGCAGAGAUGCAUUUCAGUGUCAUUGCUGUGGAUGGGGGCUCUCCUCCCAGGAGUGGGACCACCCAAGUCCAUAUUGUUGUCCUAGAUGUCAAUGACAAUGCUCCAAUCUUCACACAGGAGGAGUACAUAGGGAAGGUUGUAGAAAACGUACCAACGGGUUCUGUGCUUCUGACUGUGUUGGCAACUGAUCAGGAUGCAGGAAUUAAUGGAGACAUCUCCUACCAAUUCAGUGAAGCAGUUAGCCCGAGUGAAUCAUUGUUUGAGAUUGAUUCCACAACAGGAGAAAUUAAACUUCGAAAGCCACUGGACUUUGAGGCAGCAGAGACUCACGAACUCACUGUGAGGGCCACAGAUGGAGGGGGCCUUUCCGCAAUCUGCAAGGUGUUGGUGGAGGUGUUGGAUGUGAAUGACAAUGCCCCGGAGCUGGUGGUCAGUUCCUUCAGCAGUCCCCUCCCCGAGAACUCAGCGCCCGGCACGGUCGUUGCCCUCUUCACCGUCAGGGACCGCGAUGCUGGGGCCAACGGCAAGGUCUCCUGUGCCCUCGACGAUCAGCUCGUCUUCUCCCUGCGCCCAGCCUAUAAGAAUUACUAUGAGCUGGUGACCGUCAGUGCCCUGGACCGCGAGGAGACGGCUCAGUACAUCGUGACGGUGACAGCAGCAGACGCGGGCUCCCCUCCUCUGACGAGCAGCCACACCUUCACCGUGGCCAUCUCGGACGUCAAUGACAACGCGCCUGUCUUCACCCAGAGCUCGUACACCAUGUACGUGCGUGAGAACAAUGUGCCCAGCGUGCUGGUUGGAGCCGUGAGUGCCGCAGAUGCCGACGUGGGGCUCAACGCCAAGGUGACCUAUUCGCUGUCAGCGGGGCAAGCGGCGGAGCGGCCUUGGUGCUCGUGCCUGUCGGUGAACUCGGAGAGCGGGCAGGUGUUUGUGCUGCGAGCCCUGGACUACGAGCAGCUGAGGCAGAGCGAGGUGGUGGUGAGCGCCUCUGACGCGGGCUCUCCCCCGCUGCGAGCCAACGUCACCGUCCGCCUGCUGGUGCUGGACGAGAACGACAACGCCCCGCUCGUGCUCUACCCGGCGCCCGACAGCGGCCCGGCCUCCAGCGAGCUGGUGCCCGUGUCGGCUGAGGCGGGCUACCUCGUCUCCAAAGUGGUGGCCGUCGACGCCGACUCGGGGCAGAACUCGUGGCUCUCCUACCACCUGCUCAGGGCCACCGACCCCGGGCUCUUUGCCGUGGCUGCCCAAAGCGGCGAGGUGAGGCUCAGGAGGCCCGUGACAGACAGAGACAGCGUCAAGCACAAGCUCGUCGUCCUGGUGCGAGACAACGGCCGCCCACCCCUCUCAGCCACCGCCGCUCUCAGCGCACUCCUGCUCAAGGACUUCUCCGACCUGCGCCAACCGCACGGCAGCCCCGCCACCGACGACCAGCCCGGCUCCCUCACCACCUACUUGAUCCUUGCCUUGGUCUCUGUCUCCCUGCUCUUCCUUGGCUCCACAGCAGCCUUCGUGGCUCGCAGGCUGUGCAAGAGAAAGGAGCUGAAGGCUGCCCACGUGCUUGACGGGGCCGACAACUUGCCGAGCGGCCUGGCCGAGGCAGCUGCUGCAGGGACCCUGCCCCACCCCUACUGCUACGAGAUCAGCCUCACCACGGGCUCGGGCAACAGCGAGUUCAAGUUCCUCAAGCCCUUCGGCCCCAGCCUGACACCACAGCCCUGGGCCAUGGCCGGAGGCCCCAGUGAGGAACAGGUUUUCCCUUGUGUCCCUGUCCCCACAGAGGACGUGACACCGGACGAUGCUGGGACUGUCUCUGCAGAACAGUUCAACAGACUUUCCUUUAAUUAGAACGGGGUCGUCACAGCCAGAGGUUUCAUGCCUCGUGGUAGGAAGGGGUGCAGGCUGCAGCCUGUGGGUUUGGUUCCUCCAAGAUAAAUCUGUAUUUGCAAUUGGCAUAACCAUUUUCCAGAAAUUGUAAAUCAGGGAAUACUUGUGUUUCACUAAAAACCAAGAAGCAUAGAGAAUAAAGGGUCCUAAAGCUCUUUCACUCAGACAGUUGUAGGUUUCAGAACUGAUUCAGCCAUUUCUGACAGGCUUUAAGAAUGGGGUUAGCUCUCCCAGCUAAGCUCUUGUCUCUCUUGCUGUCAGAUAAGACCAUGGGCUCUUCUGUAACAGAAUGGCACAGUUGGGUACACAAAUCUCAUCCUCUCUGAAAUGCAUAAAGACAUUUUUCCAGCUCAGCAAUGUUGUGAACGCAGUGUCUCAAUGUCGUGUGAGCACAGGGCUCUUGCUUUCCUGGGUUCUGAAUGUCUCUGUCUGAGAUACCAGCCUGUAGGAAUGGUUCCUCCAGAGGAAAUCUGUAUUUGCAAUUGGCAGAACCAAAUUCUAGUAAAUUGUAAGUCAGGGAAUGCUUGUGUUCCACUGACAACCAAGAAGCAAACAGAAUAAAGGGAACAAAAUCUCUUUCAGUCAGACAGUAGUAGAUUUCAGACCUGAUUCAGCCAUUUCUGACAGGCUUUGAGAAUGGGGUUACCACUCCCAGCCAAGCUCUUGUCUCUUUUGCUGUCACACAAGACAGUAGACCUCUUCUGUAAUGGAAUGGAACAGCUGGGCAGAGAAAUCUCAUUCUCACUGAAAUUCACAGAGGCCUUUUCCCAGCUCAGAUAAAUUAGGAUGUUGUGAGUGUCGUCCUAGUGUUGUGGAAGCACAGCACUCUUUCUUUCCUGGGUUCUGGAUGUGUCUGUCUGAGAUGUGUGGGCCCUGUGUCCUUUGCUCUCUUGUCACUGUGUCUGUCUGUGCAUCACUAGUGCUGCCUGGUGAAUUAGGCAUUUGCUCCCAUUCAGCCAUUGCUAUGCAGGCCAUGCCAUGCUUGUGUUCCACUAAACCCCAAGAAAGAAACAGAAUGAAGGGGGCCAGAGCUCUUUCACUCAGACAUUCAUAUGUUUCAGGUCUUUUAAGGCCAUUCCUGAGAGGCUUUAAGAAUGGGGUUAGCAGUUCCAGCUAAGCUCUUGUCUCUCCUGCUAUCAGACAAGACAGUGGAUCUUUAAUUCUGUUCUAUAACACUAUGGCACAGAAAAUGAGACAGGCAAACCUCAUCCUUUCUGAAAUUCACAGUGACCUUUGCCCAGCUCAGGUCAGUGCUGGGAAGUUGUCAGUGCUGUGUCACAGUUGCAUGUGAGCACCAAGCUCUUUCUUUCCUGCGUUCUGGAUGUUUCUGUCUGACAUAUAUGGGCUCUGUGUGCUUUGCUUUCUUGUCACUAUGUCAGUCAACACAACCACUGUGUGUUUCCUAAUGUUCACUGGUGUUGCCCGCUGAAUCAGGAAUUCCUGCCAUUCAGCCAUUGCAAAGCAGGCAAUUCCAGCUCAGCAGGCAAGGAGGGUAUUUUGAUACUUUGAGUACAGAGGUCUCGUCUUCAGAGAAGAGCAGAAAAAUGCACAGUAAGAUCUUCCUUUGACCAAUAAGAGGGGAUUGGCUGUUCUGUCUUUUUGCAGUACAGUAGCACAAAUGGUGUUGGGGUGGGCUGCAACUGUACAGAGUUAUUAAAACAUGUUCAUUGUUUUUGGGUGCAUUGCAUGAAAACUCCAAAUGUCCUUCAAAGAGCAUUUUUCUGAAGAUACAAUCAAGAUGAGCUUGUGAAAAGGACUUUGGCUUUAAUCUUCUCAUUGAUGUUCCUGGAUUCCGCAGAAUUGAACU